AUGGCUGGCAGCAGGAUGAAGUUGGAGUUGUCCAAAGUGGUUCAGGGACGAUGUCGAUUGGGUCAACUGAAGGAGAUAGGAAGGAUGGGGCAGCACUGUCUGGACAUUCCAGGAUGUCUGCUGUACACGCACCUUGGCACCGUUCCCCACCUCACCCAAGACACCCUGCACACCCUUAGCAGGCUUCCCACUGUCAGUCAGAUCACUUUAUCCAACAUUGCAGAACACCAAGAAGUGCUGGAGGAGUUUAAAGGCGGAUUUAAGAAGUUUGCAGGUCUCCAUGAUACCGUGUUGUACUGCUCACUCCAUGACUCUGCAGCCCACAGCCCGACAGGCCACACCACCAACAAGACGGUGUCAGUUUGGGGCAGCGGUGGGCGGAUAGAGCUGACAGUGGCAAAGUUCAUGGCCCUUCAGAGGACGGUGCAGCCAGACUGGUACCAGAGCAUGGCAGAUGGGGAGACCUGGCAGACCGGCAUCUCGCGGAAAAGGGUUCGAAAGUCGGUGGACCGAUCUCUGGCUCAUUUGGAUGAGUGUCUGCUGGUGCAUCAGAAAUCACAGGAAUUGGAUGGAGUCAGUGUGUUUGGGGUGGUGGAGGGUGGAGACAUCUUGGAAGAGAGGCUGCGCUCGGCCAGGGAGACGGCCAAAAGGCCCGUAGCGGGAUUCUGCCUGGACGGCUUCCAGAACGGGGCCAUGGAUCAGACCCUGAGGAGCCAGCUCAUCACUGCUGUCACUAAGGAGCUGCCGGAGGACAAACCCAGAUUGCUGCAGGGCGUGGGGCGACCUGAUGAGGUGCUGGCGUGCGUCGAAGCAGGCGUAGAUCUUUUCGAGGGCUUCUUCCCUUUCCAGGCGACGGAACGGGGCUGCGCUCUCUGCUUCCGCUUCGACAUCACACCGGACCCGGAGAGCGCAGGUAGAGCCCACCUGACAGUGGCUGAUGAAGAGCAGCACACAGCGGGGGAGACGCAGCCAAACGGAGAUCUUAAUUGUGAUGAUCAAACACGCAUGACAUGCUUCGAGAUGGAUCUCAAAGACAAAAGGUACCAGGACGACUUCAGGCCCCUGGUGGAAGGGUGUGGCUGCUACUGCUGCAGGAACCACCAGAGGGCGUACAUGCACCACCUGCUGGUGACCAAUGAGCUGCUGGCUGGAGUUCUCCUCAUGAUUCACAACACAAGUCACUAUCACAGCUUCUUCAGGGCAGUCAGAGAAGCUUUGGCCAAUGACAAAAUGGACCUCCUGAAGAGGCAUGUGCUCGGGACAGUAAAGGAGUAAAGCGGAUAACUGAGAGGGUCGGGGAGGGGACAAGGCAGAAAAUGUUUCUCUAAACUGGCACAGCGCAGGUUACAGUAAUGCUGCACAGACUUUCAGAUGACUUAUGUUUGCUAAACCCACAUCUCUGAACAAUAAAGAAGAAAAGGAGCAGAUAAAUAUUGAGAGUUCUGUUUGUGUGUUCGGUUCAUCUCAAGUUCGCAGUCGAGGUUUAUAUCUCAAACUGCUGGCAGUGACUAAAAUAACAAAGCAAGAAUGCAUGACUAAAUAUUUUGGGUAUUUAGCUAUUAAGAUAAGCUGUGCGAUUACGAAGGUCGCUUUCAGCACGUCUGUUGUCUUCCAAAGGCCCAGUUUGACAACUUGCUGACUGUAUCAGUGCCUGCAUCUCCUGACAGUACUCCAACUACAGGUUGACUGGUUGAAACUCCACCAGAGUUUCUGGAAAUGUUUCAGGGUGAAGAAUCUAACGCUUGAAAUCCGAAAAUGCGCAGUGCCAGAUGUGCAAAAUGCGUUUGGUCUGUUUGCAGCAUUAAAAAUCCAGCCACUGUUGAUGAAAGAAAGAAGUUACUGUGGACCAUGAUAUUUCAACGAGGGCCAGUACCCCUUAGGUCCACCCCGCUGGCAAUCAUGCAACAGGAUGAUGGUUCCUUUAACACACGCCGACAAUCUAGAGAUUUUGCCUGUCAGAGGUAGAGCUGAAUAAUUGGGUCAAGAGGAUGUUGUUGGGAAUCCUUGCAUUGGCCUAACUACUGGGAGAUAAGACACUCAAUGGACUCACUUGCAUAGCAGCACAUAUUAGAAGAAGAAAUCAAGCUACUAUAUUGCUCAGUAUAAACAGUCCAUAUUGGUAUGUUAAGUCAAACUGUGUGUUACUAAAGUGCUUUACGACCGUCCACUCCUCUCACCCUUCUAACAGGAGCUGCGAGUUGACAGCUCCACCCUUCAUGCUGCUGACAAAGGAUAAAGAUCAGAUACAGAUACGGGUUUGUGCUGCCUCCCGUGCAGUGAUGGAGCAUGGCUCAUUGUGAAGGUGAGGGGGUAUAAUUGACUGCCAGAGCGUGCAGAUGCCUGUGGGAGGGGGUCAGGGGACAGAUGUAGUAAGAGAAGAGUGUGACAGAUUUAUGAAACGGCAAUGAGGAUUUUUUUUCCCCCCCCUGCUGUACUGUGAGUUACCCAAACUGCAUCAAGUGUUGUAAAGAAGUAGGUUGCAGGAUUUGCUGUCAUUAAGUAGGUGGGAGCUGAGUGUAAGUGCCUGAGUAAUAAAAGCACAGAAUUGGCCUGGAAUGAUGAGAAAAAAACAACUAUUAAAGUCUUUAGAAAGCAGGGUAAAAUCUAAAACAAGCAGUGACCUCUAGACUGUUAAUUUUAACAUCUUGUGGGACACAAGCAAACUGAAGGUAUUGCAGGGAAGGUUAUGAAGGGCAAUCCGCCAUAUUAGUCUGUAAAAAUAGAAGCGAUUGGAUCUCACCCUUCCUCUCCAGGAAAACUGCUGCAGAUUCUUCACCCUGAAACAUUUCCAGAAUAGGUUUUCAGCGGUAAAAAGAACCCCAGUGUGUGUAACAAACUGGAACGAAGGUCUGCAGAAAUAAUCCAGACUUUGUGGUUUCAUCUGGUUACAGCAUUAAUGGGGUCUUUUAGAAGACAUUACUGCUGACCGAUGAUUGAAUUUGCUUCUCAGGGUCUGAACUCCUCCCAGUUUUUUACAUAGAUUUAUUGAGUUUGUGGUUGUCUGUUGUACAGUACAGAAAAGCACACAUGCACUGUGUAAAAUGCCUUUGAAUACAUUCAACUUUUAUUGCAAGUUGAAUGUAUUGAACUUAUGUAUCACCUGCUAGCUGAUAAAGAAAGUUAAAACUGUGUCAGUUCAAAACUUGCAUUAGAAAAAAGGUUGGAUCUGGUUUGAGAUUUGGUGGCUAUUUUAGACAUGCAGUUGUUAAAGAGAUAGUAUUCUUUGGUAAUGGCAAUUAAAGGCCAAAUAUUAGAAACUCUUUUGAAAAUGCUAUAACCCUUUUAAUAAAACUGCCACUGACCAACAUUGAGCAGCCUUGGGCUCGUUUAAGCAUCUAUGUAAAUGCAAAUAAUUAAUGCAAUAAAAGCUGCUGAAUAUUGUAGAAAGAUUUUAAAGUGGUUAAGAAAAGCUGGUUGAAUUCCAGGAGACAAGAGACAUUUCUGAACUCCUGACAGAAUUGCUAAGAAAGACAAAUCAAAACCAUGUUUGACUACAAAGAGACUUCCAGCCUUAACACCCCAUUUCCUCCUCUGAACUAUGAGAGUCUUAAGGGUAUGUGAAGAUAAAAGUCGACUAUAAUCACUUCUCAGUGUCCCAUCACUAUGAAACCAGCGCUGGUUGAAUUAAUGGUCCUGUGACGGCUCAAUGUUGGUUUGCUCAAAUGUACCAUUUUUUGUCACAUUAAAAAAAAUCCUUAACGUUUCACAUUUUAAAACCCACUGAACUUUUUUUUGCAGUGACCUAAGAGACAUGCAUGUUGCCAGAAAGCAGAAUAUCUUUCAGACACUCUGAACUCAAUCUGAGCAGUUGACCUUGUAUUGCUGUAAAUCUGUGGACACCAGCAUCACCGGGCCUUUUUACAGUGUCACAUUCCUCAGUAUUGAUUAGCUGCGUCCCAAUAAAAUCCUACACUGGAGUUGUAGAAGCUGCCAGUGUGAGGAAAAUUAUUAUAAUAAAAAAAUAUGAUGGGGAAAAAUAUAGAUAUUUUCUCCCAGAAGAAGGCUGUGGGUGGUUGAGGAUUGAGUUCAACAUUAGGAGUUUGAAACUAAAAGAUCGGUAACAUUAAGUGUAAUUAAAAAUUUUUGUGACUGUAAUAUGUAAAAAACAUGACAGAAAUGCUCACAGAUUAGCUAUUUAUUCUGAGCAUUUUCCUGUAGAAUCCAUUUCUAAUGGCUUUUUACAUCUAGAAACUGAUUUUUUUUUUGCCCGUUCUCUCUUACAAAAUAGCUGAAGAUCUGGCAGGUUGGAUGGGGAGUUUCAGUAAACAUGUUCAAUCUUUACCACAGCUUUUCAAUUGGAUUAAUCUCCAGACUAACGUAUGAUAUUUUCUGCUAGGCCCUCCCUGUAUUCAGCCUCUUUCCAACAACUUUGACCAGGUUUUUGAUACCUGCUGAAGAAAAGCCUGAUGCUGAUGCUCAUAAUGCUUUCUAACACAACAUGAUGUUUUCUAACACAACAUCUGCACAGAACUGCUGGAUUUAUAUUGAGAAUUAUGAGAAACAGCCAAAUAGGUGAUUUCUGACAGCAAUUGGCUGAAACUAAUGUUUUCUGGAAGUUUUUUUUUUUUAUAAAGAGGGCUGCGUAGUAAUCACACCAGCUUUUGCUGAUUUUUAUUAAUGGGCAAAAUCUAUAAGCUUCUUCCCAAUUCAGUGGUGCUUUGUGACGCGAUCACCACUCAAAAACCAAAGAUAAUAUACUAGAUGGAUGUAAUAUUACAAAAUAGGUUUCCUAAAUAUUUUACAUAUUACCAUUAGAUACUUUCCAGGCUAUUUUUCUACAUUUUGUGACAUAUACGUUCUAUAAUGUUUAAAAACAAGAUUCUGUGGUUUAAAUUUUUUAUCGAUAAAUUGUUCAAGUUGGCUGAUUAUGCAGUGAAUUGGUAGAUGGCUGUUUAACUGUUUUCUGUCCAUUUUGGCAUCUGGAUGAAUUUGUGUUAAUUUAGCUUUAAUAUCUCAGCAAUUCAUAAAGUUUGCCUUAAUCUAUCCUGCAAGUAAACAUGAUUUACUUAAAGCACAGUUUCUCUUAAUACCUUUAUUGUGCUGAUGAAAAUUCAGAUUGAUGUCAUAAAUUAAAUAAAGCAUCUUUUUACAUGUUCUAUAAAAUAAAUAUGCAAUAAAGCCU